UUAAGAAAGAAAUCUUGUGAAGAGUGAGAGAUUCAAUGGGAAAUUACAAGUUCAAAAUUUCAGAUAUGAUCCCAAAUGCAUGGCUGCACAAGCUCAAAGACAUGACUAAGCAGUCUAAACCCAAACACAAACCUUCUUCUUGUUCCUCAAACACUUGUAAUAAGAAGAAACCCUCCUCAGAUUCUCCUCUUCUUCAUCACUCUUCAACCUUUCGUUUUUCCAACAGCUUAGUACCAAACAGUCCUCACCGUAACUCACCAAGAAACUCUCUUUACACAAAAAGGAUGAGUAAGAGAAAGACACUUUACAAGCCAUCUCUUAAACCAAUCACUCCUCCUUUUGCAUCUCUAGGUUCCACUCAGAGCUUGUUUCCAGCUCUUGAAAGCUCCCCUGAGUAUUUUUUAUUUAGUUUCUACGGAAAGGAGGAUGGUGAAUCCGUUGAUCCUUCCAACUUCAAGAUCGACAGGAAGGAUAAGGCUUUCACCAAGUACAAGGUCAAAGCGUCUCAUUCCACAGAGAAAACUUGUCCCGCAAGUAACCUAAUCAAGAGACCGAUAAGAGGCCAUCUUUCUGUGAAGAUUAAUAAAGAGAAAGAAUAUGAUGAAUGCAGAGCAGAGAAGAGAUACCAAAAUCAAGUUUCCAGUGGAAGAAAAUCGUCUUCAGGAAUAAACCUCAGAAGAGUAACUUCACCAAGAAUUCAACUCUCAGGUACGCGUAGAAGCACGUCGAGAUCAGAGAGCAAACAAGUUGUUCUUGAGAGUUUUGCAGUGGUGAAACGUUCCGUUGAUCCAAAGAAAGAUUUCAGAGAAUCGAUGGUGGAGAUGAUAGAAGAGAACAACAUAAGAGAUUCAAAAGACUUGGAGGAUCUUCUUGCUUGUUACCUUUCCUUGAAUCCAAAGGAGUAUCAUGAUCUUAUCAUCCACGUUUUUGAGCAAAUCUGGCGUCAAUUUGCAAAAACAAAGUAAAAACCCCUCCUCUUAAUAUCAUGUAAGUUAGCGUUUAGUAUUAGUAUCAUUCUGUCUUGUAAAAAUUCUAGUUGUUGUUGAUGUUCAUUAAGAGGUUAGAUGGAACUGUGGAGAUUUUCUUUACUUCUUUCUAAUUA